AUGGUCAGUCUUAAUCUCACAGGAUCAAAUGGGUCGCGAAUGAACCACAAAAGCCUGGUGCGGUCACAGGUUAAGCACAGCACCAUCAAGAGACUGGGUCAACUCGGUAUCAAAGCCAAGCGGCCCAUUCUUCCAUCGGAAGCUGAAUAUCUGAAAGAGUUGUCGAAAUCUGGAAAGCUACGAAAGGAGCUGAUCGAUCAGCAGGAGCCCCUGGAGAAGAUAAAUUACAAUGUCAAGUUAUUCGAUCUUCCUCUGUUCGAUACUGGCAGAGACGAGGAGACGAUCUUAGUUGCGAUUCGCAGUAUUCUUCUGUCGCAAUACGAGACCGACUUUCCCGUCGGAAAAGGUGGAAUCUCCAACAAAACAAAGGAGAAGAUUGAGGUCAAAAGAGCCGCUUAUCCGAGGAUAGUGGUGUUGUACCAGCUGUAUUCGGUGUUUAUCAAUAACCACACUUUCGUGGAUCAACAGGUGGAGAAGCUGGUGCGACAUGGAAGGCUAAAGAGAGUCACAAUAAAGAUCAACGGAGUGGAUAACCAGGUAUUGAUCGAAUCUGACAGUUACUUCGGUCUUCUGGACAAGAUCGGGGCCUCUGAAGAGGCUAACUUCAGAAGGUUUCUGGAAGAAAAUAAAGGCCUCUCGGUAGUCUCUCAAAUGGAUGCGAAACGCUAUAAUCUAGAUACGAUGAAGUUGAUUGGUUUUGGGCUUCUCACCUUUAUUAACGAGGAUUAUUACUUAAACGUGCCGAACUCGGGUUCUUUCUUGAAGCUGGUGCAUGAGUCAAUCAAGUUCAUCGAUAAACAGCUAUCCAAGAUGAAAUACAAAGAGGAGCUUCAGAGCUCGCUGGAGACGAAGUGGAAGAACAAGAACCAGAAUUGGAUAAAGUUUGGAGGCUUGAGUCUGGAUUUUGUGCUGAGUUAUUGUCUUGGUUACGGGUUACUGGAGGUUUUUAAUACGCCAAUGGGGCCUGGUUGGAAGAAGACUGGUAAGAAGUUUUAG